AUGAGUCUCAUGGCAAGCCGCCUCGUCCAGAUGUUGGUGGUCUUGCGCAGUCCGCAAGCGUGCGCAUAUACUCCCAACGUGAUCGGCCAAGCCAUGGAACUCACAUUUCCUUCAAAGUUCGAUGGAGCACGAGGUGUGGCCGUCCUUGGAAACUACGCCUACCUCGCAGCUCCCCUCUACAAUGGUCUGACGACAGUCAACAUCGUGGAUCCCACCAGUCCAACCCUCGCAGGUUCUCUCGCAGACGCCCAGUUGAAUGGAGCAUCUGCAGUAGCUGUGCUUGGCAGCAUCGCCUAUGUUGCAACCGAGGGGUACGGUAGUUUGACGACCGUCAAUAUCGCAGACCCCGCCAAUCCAACCAUUGCGGGUGCAGUUACAGGCGCCGAGUUGGGGGGAGCUUAUGCCAUAUUUAUUGAAGGCAACUAUGCCUACAUCGCGGCAUCAACCUACGGUCUGACAGUCGUGAGCAUCGCGAACCCAGCCAGUCCAAGCGUCGCAGGUUCCCUCACACAUGCUUCGUUGUCUGGAGCGAAAGGUGUCGCUGUGGCUGGCACCUAUGCAUAUGUUACAUCCAGCAGCUCUCAAACUUUGGCCACCGUGGAUGUUUCAAACCCAGCGGCUCCCUCCUUGGCAGGUUCCGUGUCAGACGCCCAGUUAGACCAGGCAAUGGGAGUAGCCGUGGAGGGCACUUAUGUCUAUGUCGCGGCAUCUGGACACGGCUUGACGAUCGUGGACGUCACGAACCCAACGGGCCCAAGCAUUGCAGGCUCACUCGCAAUUUCCGGAGCCGUGUCAAUAGCCAAGGCUGGUACCUAUGCCUAUGUUGGGACUACGGGCUUCACGGGUUUCGCGGUAGUUAACGUAGUCGACCCAACAACUCCCACCAGCGAGCACCUCGUCACUGAGACGCGAGUGUGGGGAUCAGAAGGUGUAUUCAUCAGUGACAUCUAUGCCUAUAUUGCGUCUUCGAGCGAAGAUUCUUUGACGGUAGUCCAGAUCGACCCAGGAACAAGCACCACCACCAUCACCAUCACCAGCGUUUCCACCUCUAGCACAUCCAACACUGUUACCUCAGUCACCAGCACCACAAGCAGCAGCCGCAGCAGCAGUGUAACAAGCAGUACCACGUCCAUGACUUCUACCCGCACCACCGGCACUAGCACAAGCACCAGCGGCACCACCACCGUAACCACAACCGCAACCACCACCGGCACCACAGUUACCACCACCCGUAGCACCACCCGCACCACCACCGUUACCACCAGCGGUACCACCACCGGCACCACCACUGCCAGCUCCACCGGUACCACUACCGGCACCGCCACAGUUACCACCACAGUUACCACCACCCGUACCACCACCGGCACCACGACCGGCACCACCACCAGCGGCACCACCACCACCGGCACCAGCACUGUUACCACCACCGGCACCACCACCAGUACCAGGCCAACAAGGACGAUCACGAGCAGUUCAUCCUUGACCCGCACAUCCACCACAUCAUCCCGGCCCUUCCUGGCUGAUGAUUCUGAUGUCUCGUCCGCGGACGUUGGCUUGGUUCUCGGGGUGACUGCAGCAGUGGCAGCUGUUGCCACGGUCUGCGCCGUCGCGGCUCACCGAAUGUACCUGAUGCUCCGUAGGCGACACCAGGAAAGUGAGGAGAUUCCCGCGACGCCAGCGCCAGAAGAGGGGGAAGUGCACGUCGAGGCUGAAGAUGACAGAGAUUCAGCUUUCGAAGAGAUGAUGGCUGUACGGAUGUGA